GAGAAGAAAAGAAAAAAAAAAAAAAAAAAAUCUAAACGAAGAAGACGAAGACGAAAGAGAAGGUUUAGGUUUAAUGGCGACGACGGGAGGACAUGAGAGAUCGAAGACUCUUUCGAAUUUCUCGUUACCGAACUUAUGGGGCACUCGAAGACAACUACGGUGUAUGAAGGUCGGUGAUGAUUCCGACGGCGGUGGUGGUGGUGGUUCAAGCUCCGGCGGUGAUCAACGACUCCGACGCCGAUCUUCGAAUUCCGAAUUCGAUCAUCGGAAUCGACGGUUUCAGGUCGAUGAAUCGUCUGAGAGAGAAGGAAUCGAAGAGUUUAGGGAGAAGAUUAUGUUAGAUCUUAGAAACGUUGCUGAUAAGAUGACCGAAUCGAUUUUUAGGGAGCAAGUCCUCGGAGAAGAAGACGAAGAAGAGAAAGAGCCGGAGAUGGAGAGGGAGGAGUCUCCGGCGGAGAGAGAGGUUUCGCCGCCGGGAGCGUUGGGAGCGACGGUGGAGGUACGGCCGUGGAAUUUGAGGAAGAGGAGAGCUGCUUGUAAAGCUCCGAUUCCGAGGAUUGAUUCGAAUCAGAGUAAGGGGUUAGGGAUUGAGGAGAAGAAACGAGUGAAGGAUUCGGUUACGGGAGAUCGGAUGAGAUUGUUGUAUACUUUGUCUAAGAAAGAGAUUGAAGAAGAUUAUAUCAAGAUUACGGGGCAACGACCACCGCGCAGGCCGAAGAAACGAUCAAGAACCGUUCAGAAACAGAUCGAUAUGUUGAAUCCAGCUUGUUAUAUUACUGAAGUUACUGAAGAUCUUUACAAUGUUCCAGACCAAGCUGAGAGGGGAAAGAGGUGAUGAUGAUGAUGGGGUUGCAGGAAGUUCUCUCGUAGGCUAAUUUGCUGACUUGUGGAAUGGCUUGAAGCUUGUGAAUUUGGUCUUUUUUUAGUGUUUCUUUUAAUUAUUCUUUGUUUAGUUUUGGGUUUCUUCGGUCUGUUCAUUGGCUGAGAAAAUAACCUGUACAAAGAUAUGGGAACAAAAAGUAGGUUCUGUUUCAUUAGAAUUUAGAACAUACUCUUUUGUUUUUUUCAGUAAGGCAGCAAAGAAAAGCCAAAUAUUAAUCAAUAAUAGGAUUCACAUUUUUACCAAAUCU